CGCAUAUCAGUCUCCCGCCCAUGUGCGUGACUGCGCUUCUAUCCCUCGUGACAACCCCUGGCCAGUAAAUGCAGCGUGAGGUGAACGCGCACUGACACAGGACCGCGCACGUCGUUCGGAAUAAUUUAGACGGGCACGAGUACGUGCGCGUACCCGUAUUCUUUGUGUGGCAGCAUAGUGAAGCGCCAAAAGAGUGACCAUGGCUGAUGAGAAACCAAAGGAGGGCGUCAAGACGGAAAACAACGAACACAUAAACCUGAAGGUAGCAGGACAGGAUGGAUCUGUGGUGCAAUUCAAGAUCAAAAGACACACGCCACUCAUCAAACUCAUGAAGGCUUACUGCGAGAGACAGGGACUUUCGAUGAGGCAAAUCCGGUUCAGAUUUGACGGACAGCCAAUAAAUGAGACAGACACACCAGCACAGUUGGAAAUGGAAGAUGAGGAUACGAUCGAUGUGUUCCAACAACAGACGGGGGGUCUGAUCUAACCGACCACAGCUGCCGUCUUUUUGAUUCCAACAUGACUGACUUCCCCAGCCCGUUAACACCCAGCGGCUGGCUAUUGGCAACUUCUCCAACAGUCUCAACAUAAUUCUUACAGAGGAGGUUUUAAAUUUCUGUGCUUCACAAAAAAAAAAAAAAACUGCUGUAAAGAAUUUCUAUUCAUGCCCCUGUUACUGUUUUUGUCUUUGUACAUAAAUUACACCCUGAACACAUUGCAUUCUUUUGUUUUGUUUUUUUUUUUUCAUGCUGUUUUGUGAUAAAUUUGUAGAAGUUUCCCUCCCAGAUUGAAGGUUCGUUCUGCACAGACUCAGAAAAAUAUUGAGAGCAGAUAAAAAUGAAAGUUUUUUUGAUCUUGUUAUUUACUGUUAAGCUAGGCUUGAUAAUUGUCUAGCAGAUCUCUUCUUAAGCUGUUAUGUUUUGGGUCUGGCUGUCAUUUAGUGAGCAGCACAUCCAAUCUUGGGAACACGACUUGGUUGCUGUUUAACUCUGUAAUCAGGGAAAACAAAUCUAUACUUUUUAUAUUGUACUGGAUGUUAAGAGUACUCAUUUUACUUCACCACUUCAUACUUUGGGAAGGCUAAAAGGAUGUUUUGGUUAAAUAUACAUCUGUAUUGUUUAUUCAAAUGCCUGUUAAAAUAAAGUUAUUGUUCUCUUUCCCCCAAAGG